AUGGAAAGUUCGUUCGAAGAGUGCACAAAUCUUGAAACAAUACAACUUCCUACAUCUUUAACAAAAAUUUCGGAUAAAACUUUUUUUAAUUGCAUAAAUCUUGGUAAAAUACUAUUACCAGAUACAAUAGAAUAUAUUGGGAAUUCUGCAUUUUCUAAUUGCCAAAAAUUAACAUUCGACUCUUUACCUUCUUCUUUGAAAAAAAUUGAUAUAAAAUCUUUUGAAAAUUGUCAAAAUAUACAAAGAAUUGAAUUUCCAAAUUCAACCUCUGAUAUUGGUGAUAAUUCAUUUUCCGGUUGCCAUAAACUCGUCGAUGUUAAACUUCCUCCAGAACUUGAUACAAUCAAUACUAAUGUUUUUUCUUCUUGUUUUCAAUUGAAAUCGAUUAUAUUGCCUGAUAAAGUUGACAGUAUAUGUACAUUAUCAUUUAGUAAUUGUAUUAAUUUGCAGGAUAUAAAACUUUCCUCAAAACUCAUAAAAAUAGAGUAUAGAGCAUUUUUUAAUUGUCGUUCAUUAUUAAGCAUUGUACUUCCUGAGUCUUUAAUAUUUGUGGGCACUGAUGUAUUUAAGAAUUGUUCAAGCAUUAAAAGUUUAACAUUUUUAAGUAAAUCAGCAGAUAUUGGUCAAGAUUGUUUCAGUGGAAUGACAUCAUUAGAGAAGAUGAUAUUACCAAGUGAAAUGAACUUAAUUUACAAAAGAUUAUUCUUCAAUUGCACAAAUUUACGUGAAAUCAAAAUCCCUGAUAAAGUUACUCGUAUUGCAAAUAAUGCAUUCAAUGGCUGCAGUUGUCUAACUAAUAUUGAAAUUCCACAAUCAGUUGUGAAAAUAUAUGAAUAUUCAUUCUGUAACUGUUUUCAACUUAGAAAUAUAACACUUUCAAAUAAUUUCACGGAAAUUUCCGAUAGUUGUUUUCGCAAUUGUUAUUCACUUGAAAUAGUAGUUAUUAAUUCAAAUAGAGUUGCAUCAAUUGGAGAGUAUUCUUUCCAAAAUUGUUAUUCAUUGAAAUCAAUAAUUUUCCCAGGUUCACUUCAAGUUAUUAAAAAAUCAGCAUUUGCAUAUUGCUAUAAUUUGACAGAAUUGAGUCUUCCAGAUAUCCUUAGUGAAAUUUCCGAAAGAUCCUUCUUUGGAUGUAUAUCAUUGCUGAGAAUAAAUUUACCAAAAGGUCUUAUUGUGUUAGGAAAUAGUUCAUUCUCUAAUUGCACAUCAUUAAAAGAAAUUAUUAUUCAAACUAAUUGUUCUUUUGAUCAAAGUGUUUUCGAAAACUGCAACAAUAUUGAAAAUCUUAUUAUUUCAUAUCCAAAUGAUAAUAUAUAUCAAAAUCAUAUAAUGAAAUCAUUUAUCAAAUCCAUCACAUUUGAUUCAUCAAUCAAGGAAUAUUCAUCUCUUGCGCAAUUCGAAAAUCUUGAAAAUAUAAAUAUCUUUACUCAUGGAGAAGAAUCAAUCAUCAAUGAUUAUUUCACGCCGCCUAAAAAAGUUGAUAUAAGUAUUUUUGGAAACUUAAAAGAGAUUAAUAACAAAUCAUUUUCGAAUACAGAUAUCAACAGCUUUUUGUUUUGUGGCAAUCAAACAGUUGAAGGCAAUUUUCUUCAAAAUGCGAAGUCAUAUAAUAACAUCACUGUUUAUAAAUAUUAUCCAAAUAAACAAAUCGGAGAUGUUAAACCUAACCAAACAACAACUCAGUGUCCAAACUAUAAAGAAAAAGAAAAAUAUAAACUUCCCAAACUUUAUAUUGUUAUUAUUGCUGUAUCAUGUACUAUUAUCGUUACAGCAAUUACAAUUGUAGCAAUUAGAGUCCAAUUUGUUCGAAAGAGACAAAAGAAAAUUGAAGGUAAAAUGCUCUUAGAAAAAUUAGUUAAUGACGAUUUUGGAUGA